AUGGAAGAUCCUAAACACGGCAUCGCCGACGUCGGUGGCUCUCCUCCUUCUGGAGGACGUGGGAGGCGUAGGCCGAGGAAGAGCGAUGGGGAGGAAGAGUAUGACACUGCCGUGGCUGGGGACAUCACUACGCGGGCGAAGAGGCGGCAGACGACAGACAGUGCUGACGACGCCGGUGGUGCGGAAGUUGGGUCAACGCGAGGCGCCAGGGAAGCAAGUGGCAAGGCGACGGGUCAUGCAUUGCGCCAGAAGGGCCGGCCCAGAGCGAGGAAAACAUCCGGCGUAAGGAGGGGCAAGCAAGGAGCGAGGGGGAAGAGGCUGAAACGGGGCGAAGAAGACCGUGAUGAUGCGGAGGAGGAGGAUGAGGGGGAUAAGGGGGGUGAGGAGGAGGAGGCUGAUGAGGAGGAGGAUGAGGAGGAAGAGGAGGAAGAAGAGGAUGAGGGGGAGGAGGACGUGGAUGUUGGGGAGGAGGAAAAAUAUGAGAAUGAUGACGAGGAGGACGAAGAGGAGGAGGAGGAGGAGGAGGAGGAGGAGGAGGAGGAGGAGGAGGAGGAGGAGGAGGAGGAGGAGGAGGAGGAGGAGGAGGAGGAGGACGACGACGACGACGACGACGACGAUGACGAGGACGAGGAGAGGGGCGACAAGGAGGAGGAGGAUGAGGAGGAGGAGGAGGAGGAGGAGGAGGAGGAGGAGGAGGAGGAGGAGGAGGAGGAGGAGGAGGAGAAGGAGGAGGAGGGGGACGACGAGGAUGAGGAGGGGGAGGAGGAGGAGGAGGAGGAGGAGGAGGAGGAGGAGGUGGAGGCGGAGAAGGAGGAGGAGGAAGAGGAGGAGGAGGAGGAAGAGGAGGAGGAGGAAGGGGCGGAAGAGGAAGAGGAGGAGGAUGUAGUGGCAGUGAAGGGACGAGGCGGGUUCUACACGCCAUGCUCUGGCCCGUCUAAAGCCGCUGCUACAGCACCCGGCGCACCAAGAGAAGAGGAAUCCGAAUCCCCUCCACCAGGCCACGUCACGCACUCCCCACUCGCCUCACCCUCAUUCCGAUAUCGGCAGCUCUACGCUUCUCCUGUCCGGGGCAGGGCGGUCUCCCCCCUCGCCGGUCCUUCGCGCGGGCAUCAGCCAAGCACUUCUGCCAAUCCCUUCCCUGAGCUGCCCUUUUCCCACCAGCGUAAUAGUGUGAGGGCACACGGGACUGCUGCAGAAGACGUUGAUCCCCUUGGCCAGAGGAGGGAUUCUUCACACCCUUUUCCCAAUCUCAUGGGUGCCCUAGGUGAAAGUGCGGACCACGAGUAG